AUGGCUUCUUCUCUUCGCUUGGGGAGCACCCUGCUCCGUUCAUCGACCCGGCCCUUGGUCCAAAAAGCCGCCUACAAUGGCGUCCGUUGCGCAAGCACGCAGUCCCUGAAAGAGGUCUUCGCUUCCAAGGUCCCUGGCGAGAUUGAGAAAGUCAAGAAGCUGAGAAAAGACUAUGGCUCCAAAGUCAUUGGCGAAGUCACCCUGGACCAAGUCUACGGCGGUGCUCGAGGCAUCAAGUCGCUGGUCUGGGAAGGCUCCGUUCUUGAUUCAGAAGAAGGUAUCAGGUUCCGUGGAAGGACUAUCCCGGAAUGCCAGGAAGUCCUUCCCAAGGCUCCUGGCGGCGAGGAGCCUCUGCCUGAAGGCCUAUUCUGGCUGCUCCUCACCGGCGAGGUCCCCAGUGAGCAGCAGGUCCGAGACCUGUCUGCAGACUGGGCUGCUCGAUCAGAUCUUCCCAAAUUCGUCGAAGAGCUCAUCGACCGUUGUCCUAGCGAUAUGCAUCCUAUGGCCCAAUUUUCGAUUGCCGUCGUCGCGCUCGAGCACACCUCCGAGUUCGCCAAAGCCUAUGCCAAGGGCAUCAACAAGAAGGACUACUGGUCGUACACUUUCGAGGACUCUAUGAAUCUCAUUGCCAAGCUGCCCACAAUUGCCGCAAAGAUCUACCGCAACGCAUACAAGGAUGGCAAGGUUGCUCCUAUCCAGAAAGACAAGGACUACGGCUUCAACUUGGCCAACCAGCUUGGCUACGGCGACAACGCCGACUUCGUUGAGCUUAUGCGUCUGUAUCUCACCAUCCACUCCGACCACGAGGGUGGCAAUGUCAGCGCACACACCACUCACUUGGUCGGCAGCGCUCUGAGCUCUCCUAUGCUGUCCCUUGCUGCCGGUCUCAACGGUUUGGCCGGGCCUCUCCACGGUUUGGCCAACCAGGAAGUCUUGAACUGGCUCACCAAGAUGAAGGAGAGCAUUGGUGAUGAUCUCAGCGACCAGAAGAUCACCGACUACCUCUGGGAGACCCUGAACGGUGGCCGUGUCGUUCCUGGCUAUGGCCAUGCUGUCCUCCGCAAGACCGAUCCCCGUUACGUCUCUCAGCGCGAGUUCGCUCUUCGCAAGCUUCCCAAUGACCCCAUGUUCAAGCUGGUCAGCCAGGUCUACAAGAUUGCCCCCGGGGUCUUGACCAAGCACGGCAAGACCAAGAACCCCUACCCCAAUGUUGACGCUCACUCGGGUGUCCUUUUGCAAUACUACGGAUUGACCGAAGCCAACUACUACACUGUCCUCUUUGGUGUCUCUCGCGCUCUUGGUGUCCUACCGCAACUCAUCAUCGACCGUGCUCUUGGUGCACCCAUCGAGCGACCUAAGUCCUUCAGCACCGAAGCAUAUGCCAAACUCGUUGGUGCUUCAUUGUGA